AUGUCAAGCAUAGAACUAGAAGUUAAUUCAAUUCAUUCUGUAGUAAUUGAAAAACAAUUUAUUUUAAUUCAUAUAGAAACAAAAACUGAGAAUGAAAUUUCAGAAGUGGAAAUUAAGAUUAAUGAUAAAACUGAUGAAAUUAUUUCAUUAAGAAAAGGUGUUAAAUAUAUUGAAAAAAAUCUUCAAGUUUCUGGUGAAUUAAAAAUAAUAAAUAAAGGUCCUUCAACAAUAAAUUUAACUAUUAGUCCAUUAUAA